AUGAUCCGGGAUAGAAUAGUCGUGGGUCUACGUGAUGAAAAGCUCGCAGAAAAACUGCAGAUGGACUCGAAGCUGACUUUAGUUAAGGCAGUUGACAUGACACACCAAAGUGAAUCGGUCAAAAGCCAGCAAACCGUCAUUCGCAACCCAAGCAGCAGAGACCCCUACAGGGGAGAUGAGGAGAAACCAUCGUCAACUAGCAUCGUGACCCGAGAGUCCACACAGUCCCAGCAGCAGAGACCAGGACACUCGGAAACCCACCCGCAAAGUCGCUACUCCAGCAGAAUUGUCCGCCCGCGAUACUACCGCAACUUAUCUGACAACCAGUCCGACGAUUCCGCCGUUGCCCGCGAGAACGACCCCGACGACACCGCGUCUCACGAUGACGACCACAGCGACGGCGUCCGAACUCGUGACGAGACUCGCUUGGCGGGUCCGCCCGACACGUCCGCGCGUCGUUACCCGAAGAGGAGCAGAUUGCACAUGGACGCCGUCACGUGCAUGAACGACGCGGCGGCGGGAGAGGGCGCGUCCGCGCUCGCCGCGCCGCACACGCGCCGCACCUCCUCCCGGGACCCGCAUCGUGGCCUUUGCCUCCUGAGUCCGCGGUCAGAUUGCACAGCUCUGGAGGUGCUAGAGUGCUUGUACUGUGUCGCCACAUUCCUUCUCGCGUUCAAGGACCAGCUGGGAAUCAACGGCGGGCUGCACUACCGCGUGUUCUACGCGCUGUACCUGCACGAGAACACGAUGACGGUCACGCGGUCAGACAUGGCGUCAACGCUGCGCAGGAGCAACAAGGGCCAGCAGUGCAUCAGCAGAUACGGGAUGGGGACGUCGUGCGUUCGACUAACACAUGAGCAGCUGCGCAUCGUCAACCACCAGCUGGCGCCGGGAGCGGUGAUGAAGGUGGUUGCGUUCGCGGGCACGGGGAAGACGACGACACUGCUGCGCUACACACAGCUGCGACCACACCUCUCCUUCCUGCUCGUCGUCUACAACAAGUACGUCGCGAUGUGGCUUUCGUCGUCUCGUUCCGAUGCUCAGGCGCGGAUUUAG